UUUACCUACAUGAUGUUUUCAUAAUUAUCUACAUUGUCUAACCAUUUUGCUGGGGUGACGAAACAAUCAGCCUGAUUCUCCUAUUACGUUUGCCUCUGCUCCGUUGCUCAUCCUAUCUUCACAGAUUCAUAUCUUGCCUGUGCAACAAGAGCUAAUAUGUCUCGUAUCUGUAUAUAGUGCUACUUUUCAAUGAAUUUUUACUUCGAUGCAGCCAAAGCUCUUGACCGAUUGGACUCCAAGCAAGGCUCCAUAAAGGGCAUCCUUGCCAGUAUGCCCCAAGCAAAUCGAGCGAGGAGUGCUGCUCUUGUGAUUGAAACACUGAAGUACAAAUCUGUGUUGACCGAAGUCAUACAUACAUCUAAGCUACUCGCUGAAGAAAAGAAGAAGAUAACUUCUUUGAACCUCGCUCUUGUGCUGGUCCAUGAUUUACUACUCACAAGUGGCAUACAAGCCGGUGAUGGGCCUGUAAAGCAGGCCAUACUCCGUCACAAGACUAGACUUCGUUCCGAAUUUCAACGCAUCAAAGUGAAGAGAGCGGUAACAUCAAAUCUGCAACUUAUCAACGCUGGCGAUGAGCGCGCAGAGCGGAUACCUCGAUAUGUUCGCGUAAAUACGUCUUUGUGUAGCACCGAAGACGCCGUCGAGUAUUUUACUUCGCAAGGAUUCAGGGUGGCAGACCCCCUUUCUGAUAGCAAGGCCUUCUCAAAAGAUGGUCACAUUCCAGACCUUCUUGCUUUCAACCCGGCUUUCCGUUUUCAUGACGAUUCUUGGUACAAAUCUGGCAAGCUGAUCAUCCAGGACAAGGCAUCAUGUUUUCCUGCAUACGUGCUCAACCCACCACUGGGAGAUGACCGUGUCGCUAUAGAUGCGACCUCUGCUCCCGGGAACAAGACGUCGCAUCUGAGUGCGUUAAUGCAAAAUCGUGGAAAGAUCUUCGCUUUUGAGAGAGAUAAAACCCGAUUUACCACUUUAUCAAAGAUGCUAUCAAUAGCCAAAUGUGAGAACGUAGAACCGAUACGCGCUGAUUUUCUCACUGUGGACCCCAUGGAUUCUCAGUAUGCACAAGUCACCCACAUACUGGUCGACCCUUCAUGCAGCGGAUCUGGUAUUGUAAAUCGCCUGGACCAUCUUCUCGAAUCAGAGAACAAGGAGGAAACGGACCAAAAUGAACUGGAUCGCCUUCAAAAACUGUCUUCAUUCCAGCUGCUCAUGAUCAAACACGCCAUGAAAUUCCCCGCAGCCCAAAAAAUUGUAUAUUCUACAUGCAGUAUUCACGCAGAAGAAAAUGAAAGGGUAGUACAACACGCGUUGUCAUCCGAAGAAGCCAAAGUUGCAGGCUUUACCCUGGCGCCCUCGACUAGCGUUCUCCCUUCAUGGAACCGCCGAGGCCUUCCAGAAGAAAUGGGAAACCCAAGCCAAGCUGCAUCCUUAAUCCGGUGCGUACCCGGGGAAGAUCAGACGAACGGUUUCUUUGUGUCCUGCUUUGUCAGAGGGGGCAAGGUCUCAAGCUCAAGUAUGAAGCGUCCCGCGACAGACCUGCACUCUCACUCUGGCUCAAAGAAGCGCCGCAAAGCCGCCAAGAAAUGAUCGUUACAGUACUCGAUUUGACAAUAAAGAGGCUACAUUUCC